UGACACUCACCGGCCAAUAGGAUUGCAGGAGUGUGGCACCAUCAGAGAUCAGAGGAAGAGCUCUCAAACUCGUCUUGUUUCGCUUUAUUGCUUGUUUUGUGUCUUUUUAUCGAAUCGAGAUGUCCGGUUAUUGAAGCUCGAUGUGCUCAGAGAGAGCUGCAGGUUUUGAACGAUGAAUUAUUUGAGGCAGUAAAGUUCACAGGACGACGGCUACAAACACCAUGUCAUCCAAAUCAUCCCUUCUUAAAGUCAUUCUCCUGGGCGACGGUGGCGUGGGAAAGAGCUCGCUCAUGAACCGCUACGUCACUAACAAGUUCGACACCCAUCUCUUUCACACCAUCGGCGUGGAGUUCCUCAAUAAAGACCUGGAGGUGGACGGCCGCACGGUCACGCUGCAGAUCUGGGAUACGGCCGGUCAGGAGAGAUUCCGCAGCCUGCGGACGCCCUUCUACCGCGGCUCCGACUGCUGCCUGCUGACCUUCAGCGUGGACGACAGCCAGAGCUUCCUCAACCUCAACAACUGGAAGAAAGAGUUCAUCUUCUACGCCGAUGUCAAGGAGCCCGACAGCUUCCCGUUCGUGGUUCUGGGCAACAAGGUGGACGUGACGGAGAGGCAGGUGACCAGCGAGGAAGCUCAGGAGUGGUGUAGGGAAAGCGGAGGAUACCCGUAUUUCGAAACCAGUGCUAAAGACGCAACUAAUGUCGCGGAUGCGUUCGAGGAAGCCGUCAGAAGAGUUCUGGCUUUGGAGGAACGACAUGAGCAUUUGAUUCCGACAGACACCGUUAACCUGCAUAGAAAGCCGCGCAGCACAGCAUGCUGUUAACGGACGAGAUUUACCUCCAUUAGCUAUUUAAUGGUUCUUGAGUGAACUGUCUGCGUUAUAUUUGAACAUGCACUUACUGGGAUAUAUGCACUUACUCGUAAACACUGGGUUGCUUUCAUUGGGUGACGCUCUUGUAUCUGAACUGAACUGCCUGAAUGUAAAUGAUUCCGUGCAUUAAGAUGUCUUUUAUAUAUAUAUAUAUAUAUAUAUAUCUGUCUUAUGGGAUUUGAGCAGGUUAUUGCAUAGAUAGACGGAUAUGAUUUUGUUUUGCAUGGCAGUCUAAUGGUGAAGAGCAAAUGCAAUAAAUGCACUGCAAAAACACAGCUUGUUUUCCAUUAAAAUAUCUAAAUGCCUUUGAAACAAAAGAAGUUUACUUGAGAAUCAAAGCUGUUUAGGAUAAAAAUACUUAUUUUCCCCUAACAUUUUGAAUUUAUUUUUAUCUCGUAGGCAAAUUUUGUUUCAUUUUAAGUAAAAAAAAAAGUAUUUUUUCUGAUUUUAAAAUGCACCAUGUGAAAACAAUUCUAAGUAAAUGCUGCAUGUUUUAAGGAUUUCAUAUAUUUUUACUGGAAAUCAAGACUGCUGAUUUUUGACUGAAAAAUGCUUUUUUUUUUUUUUUGCAGUGUGUGUUUUAUGUGAUUUUAUUUUCCUGUAACUAUGAUUAACUUAUGCAGGACAGGCGUUCAUACACUGUGGCUGAUUUCUAAUAUAUAUAUAUAUUAACAUAAUUAUGUAGAGAGUGCCAAAUAUAUACACAGUACUUGUGCUAAAAAAUAUGGAUGAGGUGAAGCGUUUAAGCACUUACUUUGAAAAGAAGCACUAAAAUUUCAAUAUUGUACAUUGAUAAAUUGAAAUUAAAGAAGUAUUGAACAGUA